AUGCAGUCAGGGUCCUCCCCCCGACGGCAAAGCUCUAUUCAUAUUGAUAUCCCUCCCACCAUUCCUCAGGUUCCGCUGCAUAGCAGUUCAGGUAAACUAAGGAUACCGUUGGAUCAAUGUCUACCGCGACUACCACCACCACGGUGGCUGCUCGGGGCCAAGCCCAGCCGAUUACUGCAGAGAAUAUUCUCCGUCUAUUCCCUGAGAUUGAUUCGGGGCUCUCGAGAACUCGAAGGCUACGAUGAGGAGCAAGUUCGUUUGAUGGAGGAGGUUUGCAUUGUGUUGGAUGAAGAUGACAAACCAAUUGGAAGUGCAUCCAAGAAAGUUUGCCACUUGAUGAAAAACAUUGAUCUUGGACUCCUCCAUCGUGCUUUCUCCGUCUUUCUGUUCAACCCAGAGGAUGGCCGUCUCCUUCUGCAGCAGCGUGCAGAUGAGAAGAUCACCUUCCCUGCCAGGUGGACCAACACCUGCUGUUCUCACCCUUUGGGCAUUCCCGGCGAGACCGGAGCCGAUCUUGCAGCAGCUAUCCAGGGUGUCCGUCGUGCUGCCCAGCGUAAACUCGGCCAAGAGCUCGGAAUUCCUUCAAGCCAGGUCCCAUUGGACAACUUCAAGUUCCUAACUCGUAUUCAUUACAAGGCUCCGAGUGAUGGUUUGUGGGGAGAACACGAAAUUGACUACAUCCUCUUCAUAAAAGCAAAGGUCGAGCUAAAUAUUAACCCCAAUGAGGUCCAAGCAUACGAAUACGUCAGCGCAGACGAGCUGCGGGAGAUGUUCAAGGACGAAAAGCUCUCCUUUACUCCAUGGUUCAAGCUCAUUUGCAACACGAUGCUCUUUGAGUGGUGGUCGAACUUGGACAAUUUGGAUGCCUUCACGAACGAGACUCAGAUUAGAAGAAUGUAAAUCGCAUCAUCUGAGCGCGCAUCUAUGUCGCUUACCAAAUACCCCUAUUUGCCAUGAUCGCGUACCCCCAGCCGCUACCUUCUUUAGCUACUCUUGCUAUCGCUCUUCUAUAUUCUGUAUUAUAUAUAAUGGUGGGCAGUAGUGAACCAUAAAUUUGACAUUUCUAAUUCUUUUUCA